CUCGGCCGGUUUGAACUUGGCGGGCCAGAUGUGGGCGGUGGGGCGGCCAGGGGCUGCUUCUGUUCCUCCUCACAGCCGGUUCCCGGUAGACUGCAGGCCCAGGUCUCGGCAUUCCUCAGGGUCUUUCUCCAUCCUCAUGGCGGGCGCCCGGGGGCAGGGGCUGGAAGUGAUGCCGGUGUCCGUGUGCUCUCCGUCGCCGCCGCCGAGCUGCAGCAAUUCCACCAUGUCGCUGUUGUCUCCCCUCGGCCACCAGAGCUUCCCGUUUGACGAGGAUGACGGUGACGAGGAGGAUGAGGAAGAUGUGGACGAAGAAGGUCAUGACUCAGAGGCCAAGGUGGCGAGCCUGAAAGGAAUGGAGUUACAGGGGUGCGCCAGUGAGGUAGAAUCAGAAGAUACCCAAGAAGAACAGAAACAGGUGUGCUUACCAGAAGGCAGCCUGACACCAUGGGAAGUGUGGUUUAUUGGCAAAGAAAAAGAAGAACGUGACCGUCUGCAACAGAAAGCUCUAGAGGAAUUAAAUCAACAACUAGAAAAAAGAAAAAAAAUGGAGGAGCGUGAAAAAAGAAAAAUAAUUGCUGAAGAAAAGCACAAGGAAUGGGUUCAGAAAAAGAAUGAACAGAAAAGAAAAGAAAGAGAACAAAAAAUUAAUAAAGAAAUGGAGGAAAAAGCAGCAAAGAAACUAGAGAAAGAACAUUUGCAAGAAAAAGCAAAAGAAAAAUAUCAAGAGUGGUUAAAGAAAAAAAAUGCUGAAGAAUGUGAAAAGAAGAAGAAAGAAAAGGAAAAAGAAAAACAGCGGCAAGCUGAAUUACAAGAAAAAAAGGAAAUAGCAGAAAAAAAAUUUAAGGAAUGGUUGGAAAACGCAAAAAAUAAACCUCGUCCAGCUGCAAAGAGCUAUGGUUAUGCCAAUGGAAAACUUACAGGAUUUUACAGUGGAAAUUCCUAUCCAGAACCAGCCUUUUAUAAUCCAAUUCCAUGGAAACCAAUUCAUAUGCCUCCUCCCAAAGAAGCUAAGGAUCUAUCAGGAAAGAAGAAUAAAAGACCUGUGAUAAGUCAGCCACACAGGUCAUCAUCUCUGGUAAUUCAUAAAGCCAGAAGCAAUCUUUGCCUUGGAACUCUGCACAGAAUACAAAGAUAGCAUAUGUGGGAAAGAACAUGUUUUUACCUGGAGCUGUUUAAUUUUAAAGGCAGAAACCAUUUUUUACUACUUGAUCAGUAGUUCACAUUUGAACUAAUGACUGACAAAUUCCCAUUUUUGCAUUUGUAUGUGGAGUAAUUGAGAUAUUUUAUAUAUUCUGAUUUUUAUACAAUGUUUCAAGGUUGAUCUUCGCAUAUUGUUUUGCAGGAUAAGUGACUAAAUGUCUAAGAAUUGUUUUUGUAUUUGGUGUGUAUUAAAGCUAAACUGUAAUAUCAGUAAAACAACAAUUUUUCUUGCAUUGUUCAUCCUCUGUGUUCUUGGUUUUAUGUUUAUGAACAUAGUAGGAUUAAGAUUAAAUCAUUCAAACAAUCAUUUCUAAACUGCAUACUUAGGAUAACUUAGAAAAAUCUUUAUGGGUUAGAAUCCUAGAGUAAUCAAAAACAGUCUUGGUGAUUUUUAGUGUAUUUUUCUCUACAUAGGUAUUUAAAAAUAAUUAAUUGGUAGCAUGAUUUGGAACAAGGAAAUGAGGACUGGACUUUUCAAAGGAAAAUUUAAAACAUUUUUUGGUACUGUGGAUCUUGAGACACUAGUGAAAUAAUAUUUUGCUGCACUUUGUAAAAAUACCUGUACAUUAAUUAUCAUCAGUUAGCUUGCUAAUUUUGAAAUGCAAAUUUUGACUUGAAUGUAGAAUUACCAGUGUAUUAUUUUUUAUUGUUAAAAAUGUUAAAUGUUCAGAGAUCUUAUUAGUAAGUGCAUUUCAAGUCAUUCAAAGGGUUAUUAAAAUGGUGCUCAGAACUUUUAAAAUUUAAAA